CCCGUAGUUUUGGUUUCGCUUUCAUGCGCCGUCACCAUAGCAACGACUCACAACAUCCCAGCUGACAGUCAGAUGUAAAUAUUACACCAUAACCUUUCAACAGCCGCGGAUAAUGGCAGAAAUAUGAUCGAUUAGAUUUGAUUACUACAGUAUUAAUUACAGUAUUAUUGCGGUGCUCUGAACGUUGGAAUAAUGAGUGAUUAUCAUCUCCAUUUGAGCCUGGACUCUGAAGAAGGAGCCGUAAAAUCUGCUUCCUUGAACGACAUGCUGCACAUGAGCAGAAGAGGACUGAAGGACAUCUCAGCUUCUGUGUUACAGAUGACGCAUCUAAAGAGUUUGUAUCUGGAGGGUAAUGAGAUCAGCGGGUUUCCUGAGCAUUUCUUUAGCAGUUUUCCGUCUCUUGUCUGGUUGGAUGUGAGGAACAAUCAGAUCACAGCUCUUCCAGUCGCUGUCGGCCAGCACAGGUGCUUGAAGACAUUGCUUUUGGAGGGCAAUCCGAUCACAGAGCUCCCCCCAGAGCUGGGUAAUCUGAUCACGCUGAAGGCCUUGAGCCUGAGGAACUGCCCUCUCACAUUCCCUCCCCGAGACGUCCUGGACCGCGGCCUGCCGCAGAUCCUCCACUACCUGCGCCGCUCUCAACUAGAAUCAGAGGUGGAGAAGCUGCAGCUGCGUCUCUCCAGCCUGGAUGUGUGUGAGGAAGAUGAUCCAGACAUACAGCACUUUCAGGAGCUCCGGCACAGGAUCAUCCAGAUGGAGAGGGAUGAAUUAGGGGCUGCUGACCCCGUCAGACUGACCAGAACCCGGAGAAACGAGUGGACGAGAGGAACAGAAGCCCAGAGCUGGAGCAGGACAGACCAGAUGAAACAGAGACAGACAGUCCAGGAGCUGCUGAGGGAGCAGAGAAAUCAGGCCAGAGUCACGCGGAAAGACCUGGAUGAUCAGCCGGGGAGGAGAAGAGACGAGGGUGUGAAAACUUCCACAUCUUCACAUCGGACCCACACAACAGAGACACGUGAUUGAUGGAGUGCAGGAGAAACUGAGAUGAGGUUGUGUUUCGAUCUUUCAGAGAGGCAAAAGAAGAGAUGUCACAGUUCACAAGAUGCUUUUCUGAACGGCUUGAAUUAACACAGUUCUCUGCUUGAGCAGCAGGUGGCGCCGCUUCCACCAUCAUCCUCUUCAUCAUCCUCAUUGUUUAUUUCCACAGGAAUCAGUCAGUGUCUGCAGCAGCCAUUUUAAGGCCCUAAUGGAUCAGUGUUAUGGGAAAAAUGACAAAUUACUUCCUGUAUUCUGGAACUAACGUUCAACACAAGUCAAGAAAUCACAGUAUAUGAUUGUACAGCCGAUAACUGGUGUGUUUUGAGAGGUUUGUUUCAUCACAGGAUUGAUUUAUGGUGUUAAAUACUGGUGUUAAAACUGCAAUAUGAAGGUUUCAACACCAGUUUUGUUGCUUUAGCAACAUUUUUUGUACACUUUUUGUACAUUUUUCAAUAUUCCACCUAGAUUAAUGUUUUUCAAGUGAUUUAUAUAUAUAUAUAUUGGAGACACUGAGAGGGAUGAAACAUCCCAAAGCAAAAUAUUUGUAUUCUUUAUUAGAGGAUUUUGGUUCUAUAAUAUAAAAACCUCCUACUCCCCUAUACUUUUUCCCCUCUCUUUCUCUCUUUUCUUUUGUCUUUAAUUUAUUGUUUGGUAUGUUGUGUAGAAUGUGAUGUGAAAAUUGAGUGUAAUCUCAGCCUUUGUUUGUAAAAUUGUUAGUUAUGACUGCCUUUCUGUUGUUGUUGUUCAACAAAUAUUUAUGAAGCAUUUGAGCUAUUGAAUCUUAAUAUUGUAUUGAAAAGAAUAAACCGCUCUGCAUACAUAUAA